CUGAUUUCUUAAUCACAACGUCUGAAGAAGAGAAAGGGAGAUGGGUAGAGCCCCCUGCUGCUCAAAAGAAGGCCUUAGGAGAGGCAUUUGGACUCCUAAAGAAGAUGAACUGCUGAGAAGCUACAUUCAGUGUCAAGGUGAAGGUCACUGGAGAUCCUUGCCCAUGAAAGCAGGGCUGUUGAGAUGUGGGAAGAGUUGCAGGCUGAGAUGGAUGAACUACCUGAGGCCAGAUAUAAAGAGAGGAAACAUUGGGUCAGAUGAGGAGGAUCUCAUCCUUAAGCUGCAUGCCCUUCUUGGAAAUAGGUGGUCUCUCAUUGCAGGGAGGCUACCAGGUCGCACAGACAAUGAGAUUAAGAACUACUGGAACACCCAUCUCAGCAAAAAACUCAGAAAUAAAGGGAUAGAUCCCGACACCCACAAACCCAUCCUCACCCUUCCUCCCCAACAGAUCAACUGCCAUUCCCAUAUUCAUUCCGCUGCUCUCCCACAAGAAGAAAGCCCCAAGACCAGUAGAAUCGCCAGUAAGAACAAGAAAAACGGGAGAAGAAUGAGUGAAUCCUCUAAUGCUGUUAGAAACAACAUCUGCAUAUCGAUUCCUUCAGCUGUUCAAGACACAGCGAUGAAAACUCCAGCAAACGAUCAAAAGCUCUGUGGGAAACAAACUAAUUUUAGUGGUGAUCUUAAGGUUUUGAAUGAUGGCAGUUGGGAGGACCAAGUUCUGGCAGCACCUUCUGCCUCUGCCAAGGGUAACACCAUGGAAGUCAAUUGUUCAUGUGAACUUCCACCGGAUCCCCACAGCUCUUUCUCAGUUCUAUUGACUGAUUUUCUUGAGUUUGAUGGCGCUGUUAAUGAUCUCAAAGAAUAUAACAAACAACAGCCACAGCAGCAGCAACAGCGGGCACUGCACUUGGAAGAAGAUCAGUAUUCACUGUUAGAUUCCUUCAAUGGCUAUCUGUGGGAUCCAAAUUUUAUGCCUAUGUAG